GUACACUAAAGUGAAUAAAUCAUUUGUGGCCUAAAGGUUAAUUGUGUUCAUCUCUUUUUCUUUUUUAUGUUGUGAUCAUAGAGUUUAAAGGCAUAAUAAUCCAUGGGAUGAUGUGAUCUGUUUUAAAUGGGCUGACCAUUAGUUUAUAGUUUUGACUUAUUGACCACCGUUUUUUCCCCCAGCUAAAUAUUUUUUUUAAAGUUACAUUUGUUUUGCCUUGUUUAUUCAAUUUCCUCUUCAGAAAUACCUUUAUUAUUAUGAUUAUUAUCAUUUAGAAAAGGGACUUUAUCCUUAAGCUUUAAUAUGUUCAAUACAUUUUUAAAAGAACAUCUACACUUAAUUUGAUUGUAUUAGUUAAAAUUGUUUUUAAUUGUUUAAUAAAAUCUAAAAAAAAAAAACCCAAAAAACUCUUGUAUCGAUUUCCUAUUGAGCAGCGUUUGUUUCUAUGCUGUUUGGUGGACUGUACCACAACAAACUCCUCCGCCUUCCUCCCCCUCCUGCAGUGGGCCGCUCCCCCUUCUUUACCGCCCGCUUUGGUUGAAGCCAAAACAGAACAUCAUGGCGAUUGAUGGUGGCGAUCGUAACUGUGGACUUCAUGAGCUGAUCUGCGUCAGAAAAGUUUCUCCAGAGGUGCUGGGGUUUCUGACCGCCAUCGGACUCUUCAUCAUCCUCAUGACCCUUCUCUUUUGGUACCUCAAUAACAAGUUUGCGCUUGAAAACCUGGGGAGCCUUCAGUGCCUUGAUGACUUCAGGAAAAGCACAGAGUUGCAAGACAAGGCUUACUCUGACGCCGACCUGCAGGGCUCAUCCUCAGACAGCGAGGACGAACUGAUGGGUCAAUACCAGGAGGCCGUCAGCCGCUCCCAGGGUCUCCGGGGAGGAGCAAAGGCGGCCUUUCACACCAAACACACAGGAGGAUUCAUAUGGGAGAGCCGGCAGAAGUACAGCCCCCUGGCUACAGACUACGACGGAUACAGCAGCGACGCCUCGGCCAAUGACGCAAACUGCAUCCAGAGGAUGAGACGGACUCCACCGCUGGAUGAGCUUCAGCCGCCUCCAUAUCACGAUGAGAAUGGCUCUCCGAGGAUGUCCUGCACGCUGUCGGAUCUCGGUGACGCCAAGUGUGACAUGUCCCAAACUAGUGGCAGUCCCCACCUGUCUUUUGGGAAAUACCCCAGCGAGGGCAGUGAAGGUCAUGAGACCGAGAGUUACCUCAACAAGGGCUAUGAAGAGGACAUUCCCAGUGACAGUACAGCCGUCCUCAGCCCAGAGGAUAUGUCGGCCCGUGGGUCGGCUGCACUGCUACUUAAAGGUUACGAACCAGAUCCGGUUGCAAAAUUCGGCACUCUGGACAUCGUGUUUGACUACGACUCAGAGGAACAGCAUCUGGCGGUGACCAUCAUGGCAGUGACCGAUUUACCGUCUGUUAAGCGCACCGGAAACAUUUCCUGGCAGGUCCACCUUGUUCUUCUGCCCACCAAGAAGCAGAGAGCCAAGACAGGAGUCCAAAGAGGCCCGUGCCCCAUCUUCACAGAGACCUUUCGCUUCAGCCAUGUUGAAUCCGAAAUGAUCAGCAAUUAUGCCAUUCGAUUCCGCCUUUACAGCAUACGGCGUAUGAAGAAGGAAAAGGUGUUUGGAGAAAAAGUGUUUUACCUCACCAAGCUUAACCUUCAGGGCAAAAUGUCUGUACCGGUCAUACUAGACCCCUGCUGUCCAAUCCCGGGCGCUGAGUCCCAGGUUAGCCUCUCAGACAUGACAUGCAGCGAGAGCGCCUCGUCAUUCCAGUCUGUCAGUCAGGCUUCCACGCCAGAGAUCCUUGUGGGCCUGGUGUACAACGCCACCACCGGACGCCUCUCUGUGGAAGUCAUCAAAGGCAUCCACUUCAAAAACCUGGCAGCCAACAAGCCACCCAAUGGACUGUUCUGUUGUCUGAAACAUUUGAUAGGUGGACAGGUUUAUAUUAUCAGAGACACAUAUGUGAAGCUGACCCUACUCAACUCCAUGGGCCACGAAAUGUCCAAAUGCAAGACGUCCAUUUGCAGAGGUCAGCCCAACCCCACCUACAAAGAGACAUUCGUCUUCCAGGUAGCCCUCUUCCAGCUAUCUGACGUCACGCUCAUCCUCUCCGUCUACAACAAACGCAGCAUGAAGCGGAAGGAGAUGAUUGGCUGGAUUUCUCUUGGCCUCAACAGCUCCGGAGAGGAGGAGCUCACCCACUGGACACAGAUGAAGGAAUCUAAAGGACAGCAGGUCUGCCACUGGCACAGUCUGCUGGAAUCCUAGCGUUUGACGGGGGAGCGGAGACGAGAGAGAGCCGGGCUCAGCGGUGAUGAUGGGAAUACAAAUGAAUCACAUGUUUCUGCUCACAGUUAAUCGGCUUAGCAUGACAGCAUGACACCGCUGGCAAAACCCCUGACAGCCAUUGAUUAGUUACAUGGCUAAAAAUGCAUUGCCUUCUCUUUCAUAGAUAAAAUUGUGACAGGUUUUUCUUAAUGAGAUCUGUUUGUAGAACAAAAACCGCACACAUCAAGUAAGACAUGUCUUAAUUACUCCAUUUCUUUUAUAUCCUCUUGAAUCACAUAGAGCUGUCAUCAGUUCUCAGAAAACAGAAGCUAUCACAGCAAUUAUGUCAAAAACACAACUUUCUCCCAUUGAACUAAAGCCUUAGUCACUCACGUGCCCUGCGGGUUUUUGGGUUGUCAGGGGCAGGGUUGUAAAAAUCUUAAGGGGAUUCAGGUGCAGUUCCCUUAAGGCUCAAACAGACAUCAAUACAACAUAAGAUUGUUGUAUUGAUCCACAGACUGGUACCGGUCUGUGAAUCAAUUGGCACUGGGCCGUGGAGGAAAUGAUCAAUUAUACCCGUUUUUUUUUUUUUGUUUUUUUUUUUUUUUUUUAGCUUCAACAAUCUCUUAUUUUGAAAAUAACCAAAUUCUUUCAGCUUCUCCUUUGAGUUGUAAAGUUUAUUUAAGGGGGCAAAAUGACUAUGUCUGAACAUUGACUGUGAAUUAAUAUACAGAAUAUCUGUGACUGAACAAUGUUUUAUUCUGAAAAAAUUUUGGUUUGGAAGACGACAAGAUUCUUUCCAUGACAAAUCAGUCACUUGAUCGCUAAAAGCACAAGAAAAGUCGUAUGUGAAAUAUGUCUUUGCAAAUGACUAACUGAUAAGUGCAGGGACAGAAGAACAGACAGAAACCACUUAAAAAAAAGAAUAGACUGCCAGAAGUCCCACUUAAAAUAUGAAUUUAAUGCAACAGGUGAGUCAUACUCCCUGAGCCUGUUUGCAUUAUAUUCAUAACAUUAAUUGGCAGAGUAUGUUACGAGUCAUGUAUGCUUUUCGAGUCAGACAGUCAUUUUUCCAAUCAUCCCAACACAACAGACACAGCGUGUGUUUUUCCCCUGAAAGACCUCAACCAAUUGGUACAAUCGGCAUAAAAAUAGGAACAAAGUUUUUUAAUUAAAAAAGCAUUUUUUUGUCCAAAUUCCAUGCUGUAUCUUUCUCAUAUGAGGUCGCUUACCAGAACACUUCAAGCAUCUGAUCCGGCCCAUCUGUCAAGUUUUAGAACCCUUUGUGGCCCAUAGUCAAAACGUUUGCCCAGCUCUAAUCUUGUCGCUAGUAAGUGACUUCUUACCGAUGCCGCGGAAAUGCCGCAUGUGUGCCCUUUGGUCCACACAAACUACACUUUGUUUAAUUUCUAAGUCAGGCUGCAAGAAAGGAGACAGCACAAAGGGGCUCCUUGCACGAGACUUGGGGGCAUCGAUAAAAUUAAAAAUUCUUACAACAGUGCUUUACCUUUGUGUGUUGCAUACAUUUUUGCUUUAACCGAUCACCCGCAGCAUACCCAUAGGAAAGAGUGUAUGAACAUUUUGGCUCUAUGGACUCACCGAGUGGUCUACGACCUUAUUUUGUGUAAAGGUUUCCCAUUUUUGUCUGUAUCCACCCAUAAGGGCAGUUGUGACUAAGGCUUAAUCUCACUUUUUGAACAUGUAGAUUUUUUAUACUAUCCUGUUAGAAUUUUUUUGGGAGUCAACAGAAACGUUGGGGCUUACUCUCAAGUGAAAAGUGCAGGUUUUUUUCACAUUUAUGUGUUCUUCUAAGUCGACACUGCCAAGGCACAACCAGUGUAAAAUCUACAGUAUAACAGCAAAUGCUUUUGCUGUUUGAGACACUGGUCUUCAUCUUGAAUCAACACGACUCAUUAGAUUCCAUCCAAGAAGCGAGAAACAAACGGACCUUUUCGCCUGCCCUGGUGCUAAACUGUGUCUGCACGGAGGAGCCGCUGCCUUACAGUUGAGGUUGGUCUUCACAUCUCUGAGAGCACACAGACCUGCCCGCACCCAUUGACCACGGAAAGCACAGACUCUCAAACCAUUUCGGAAAAACUUGCAGAAUGUUUACAGACAAAUGGUUUGCACUUUUUUUCCCCCAGAGACAAAUCUGAACACACCUAUACUCUUUUCUGUGCCUGUGGUUGUGCUGGAAGCUAGCUUUGUGUUUGCUAAAUGUAUGUGAGAGACAGGAAACAGCGAUGUCAAAGGCUCUGGUAUCAGUAGGGUUUUCUUCUCCAUGUUGGCUGUGACAUUUUUCUGCUUUUACCAAACACUCUUCUUGAAUGUCUGGCAUCUACUUUAUAUUAUUAAAUGUUUCUUAUCUAUUUUUGUAGAAAAAAAAUCUGCAUCAAAAAUGUUCUUAUAGUCAAAUAUUAAUCUGAGCAAUACUGUACCGAAUCGCUUCUUCACAUUAGUUCAGUGAACGCAUCGCGGCUCAGGUCAUAUUCCUCCUCUUUAAAGAAGGAGAAGGGGGGUGCGAUGGAGACCAGCAGAGCUCAUCUCACAGCAGACUAGAAAUCCGUUUCAGCUUCAUGCUUUCUGAUGGAAAGAAGCACAGCUUUUACAGCACAACGGUGAAACGCACCCUGUGAAAGACGAGCGGAGGUUCACGUCGAGCCGAUACAAAACUCUAAGAGGUUUGCUGCAUCACUGCGAUGAUUGCCACUCUUCGUCAUUGUUGACGUAGGAAGCUUAUUGAGUUACUUUGAUUAGAGUAAAUGGAGAAAUUACUUAACUUUUAGUCAACCAAACAACCAAAAUUAUCCAAAAGUUGAUAAAAUAAGAAAUAAAGGUAUUUAGAAUUAGAAAAACUGAACUUUUGUGCUCAAGCAUUUUGUCAUUGUGACUAUUAACAGGAAUGAGAAUUUCUGUAUUUUUUUCUUUAAAUUUGACCGACUCAGCAGAAAUGCUCAAACCUACUUUAUACCAUUUCUGUCUUUUGCUGCUUAAACACGGAUUUCUGCUCAGAUUUGUUGGUAACACAACAGUGAGGGCUGGAUAACAUCAAUUAUGGAGGUUCCACAAACUGAAAGCUGCCAUGGGAGAAUUUCAGAUUUCUGGAUAUGUGGGUUAUUUCUCACUAAAUUCUCCUUUAAUCAGUCAGGUUCAUUGACUGUACAUAUAUUGUUCUUUCAAACAACACAUUUCCUUCUAAAGUUCCUGUGUUACUCUCUCACAGCAUGUUCGAAUUCCCUCCGUAAUCCUUAACUACUAAGUGCGGGACUAUCUAGUGCCCUGGAUUUUAAAAGCAAUUUGGACACCAUGCUCACUACUUUUUUUAACAACAAAUAUGGCAUCACAAUAAGUUCCCCAUUUGAACUUAUCCAGCGCCUCUCCUGACAUGUAACCUUUUUUCCAGUCUUUCACAUGGUGUCUUUCACUUACUUAAAUUGGAACCUUUUAAAACAUUACUACUUAUAGUGUUUUACUUUUUUCAGUUUAGAAACAGCCAAUGCCACAGAUGGCAUCGAUGCCUUACUGUUGUUCACUCAGCAACUUUGUGUCACAGUGUCUUAACGUAAAUGUACUUUUUCCUCUGUAUCUAACGCUUACUUUGUAAGAUGUCUUUGAAAUUAAUUAUGAGAGCAAUUUCUAUGUGAUGGUAUAAUUGUUUUAGAAAAAUACAAAACAGAAACAAAACAAA